GUCUCAGGUCAGAGAAGCCAUCAUCAACAUUCAACAAGAGAGCCGUGUUUGUGUCUUGACUGAUUCUUCUCUCAAGCUUUUUUAAUCUCUCUCUCUUUUCCCACGUAAUUCCCCCAAAUCCAUUCUUUCUAGGGUUCGAUCUCCCUCUCUCAAUCAUGAACCUUCUUCUCUUCUAGACCCCACAAAGUUUCCCCCUUUUAUUUGAUCGGCGACGGAGAAGCCUAAGUCUGAUCCCGGAAUGUCUGUCUCCGAGCUCAAAGAACGCCACGCCGUCGCUACGGAGACCGUUAAUAACCUCCGUGACCAGCUUAGACAGAGACGCCUCCAGCUCCUCGAUACCGAUGUGGCGAGGUAUUCAGCGGCGCAAGGACGUACUCGGGUGAGCUUCGGAGCAACGGAUCUGGUUUGUUGUCGUACUCUUCAGGGACACACCGGAAAGGUGACUCAAAGUUUGCAUCUUUAUCCUUCAAGCAUGCUUCUUUGUGGAGUGUUUUCUAGCCUGUGAUAAAAAGCUUCCAUUUUGGGGUUGUAUCUAGUUUGUUAUUUAGUUGGUGGUGUUUAUAAGAUGUUACCAGUUAUCAUGUAUGAGGAUUUGCUUAAGAUCCUACGGAAAUGUAGAGACAGGAGAGUUGAUUGUGAAUGUUAGCUUGUUGUUGAUUUAACAUGUGGGAUUUGCAGGUUUAUUCAUUAGAUUGGACACCGGAGAGGAACCGGAUUGUCAGUGCAUCUCAAGAUGGGAGAUUAAUCGUGUGGAAUGCUCUAACGAGUCAGAAAACUCAUGCUAUUAAACUCCCUUGUGCAUGGGUUAUGACAUGUGCUUUCUCUCCAAAUGGUCAGUCGGUUGCGUGUGGUGGAUUAGACAGUGUAUGUUCUAUCUUUAGCCUUAGCUCAACGGCGGACAAGGAUGGAACUGUACCGGUUUCAAGAAUGCUCACUGGUCACAGGGGAUAUGUUUCGUGCUGUCAGUAUGUCCCAAAUGAGGAUGCCCACCUUAUCACCAGUUCAGGUGAUCAAACUUGUAUCUUAUGGGAUGUAACUACUGGUCUCAAAACUUCUGUUUUUGGCGGUGAAUUUCAGUCUGGACAUACUGCUGAUGUACUAAGCGUCUCAAUCAGUGGAUCAAACCCAAACUGGUUUAUAUCUGGUUCAUGCGAUUCCACAGCACGGUUGUGGGACACUCGUGCUGCAAGCCGAGCAGUGCGUACCUUUCAUGGUCACGAGGGAGAUGUUAAUACGGUCAAGUUCUUUCCGGAUGGGUAUAGAUUUGGGACUGGAUCAGACGAUGGAACAUGCAGGCUGUAUGACAUAAGGACUGGUCACCAACUCCAGGUCUAUCAGCCACAUGGUGAUGGUGAGAACGGACCUGUCACCUCCAUUGCAUUCUCUGUGUCAGGGAGACUUCUUUUCGCUGGCUAUGCGAGCAACAACACUUGCUACGUUUGGGAUACCCUCUUGGGAGAGGUUGUAUUGGAUUUGGGAUUACAGCAGGAUUCACACAGGAAUAGAAUAAGCUGUUUGGGGUUGUCAGCAGAUGGAAGUGCCUUGUGUACAGGAAGUUGGGAUUCAAAUCUAAAGAUAUGGGCGUUUGGAGGACACAGGAGAGUGAUUUGAAGAAGAUUUAACGAAAGUAGGAGUCACGUCUCCAGUUGUUGGUUAAUAUAUUCUGUAGUCGGGAAGUAAGGUUCGGUUUGUGGAAGGUGUUUGGUUUGAAAUAGUGGAGUGGUUAGAAGAAUUAAACUUCCCUUUUUGUAGUGUGCUUUGAUUUAUUUAUUUCUUCAUUGGGAACUAAACUCCUUCAACACGCUACUCAAUGUGAAUUCUGUAAUCAAUUGUGUACCCACCAGUCUUUACUUUACUAUCAUCUCUUC